CAUUAUUCAUUCAUCUCAAGUGAAAAUAGAUAUUACGAGCCAUUCAAUCAAUACUCGCCAUUGGUAGAUAGACAUUCUCCCGUUUAAACCAAAUUAAAUCUACCAUAUCAAAUCAACGCGAGUAUACACAAAUGUUUACAUUUUUUGAAACACUUGAACAAUUUAUUGCGUUAAACAUAGCUGGAAUUUUAUUGAACAAAACAGUAAAGUAAACUGGAUUGUAGCUAUUUUUAACCUUCCGUCACGCAAGAAGCUACAGAUUUUGAGCAAGGAUAUCUGGAAGCGGAAGCAGAGGCCAAAUCAAAAGGCGAACAUCCACUUGAGAAAAUGGAGGCGGAGUAUGUCGGGAUUUAUCUUGGGUCAGCCAUGCUUACGAAGGGUACCACUGGUCUCGGUGUGAUACAAAAACCUCUUCGUGAUAAAUACUUCGCGUUCAGGAAAUCGUCUGACAAUAAACUUGGACCGGAAAUAGGAAUUCGAAUAAAUCCACGAGGAAUAAUUCUUUUGUUUCCGGGUGGUCACCAUGGUCACCCAAACGACGAGUUUUAUGAAAUUUCUUCGAUUCAUUUUAUCGAGGCGGUUCAGUUUGUUACAGUGAAACAAAAGGAUAAAAAAUACUAUGGGGCAUUUCUUCCAAUUGACGAACCCGAGGGAAAUCCAAGCCAGGAUAAAUUGUUUGUGCAAAUCGAGAAGAAAUUCAAUCAUUUGAAUAAGAUUUCUCACCCUCCAAUGUUAGCUUGUGUCAUGCGUAGACCAACUGGAGUAAAAGCCGUUGACUGUCAUAUGUUUGUUAUUCCAGUCGUUGAAGACGCAUUACGGAUCGCAGAUAUGGUACAUAGAUUUCAAGAGCGUCCAGAUAACCCGGAAUUCUAUCAUGGCCGUCCUCCGCUAGAUCGACUUGAUUAUCCGCCAGAACCUGACGUGAUUCCACGAAAUUUAGGGCCGCCACGCGAGCGUGAUCCUCGCAACUCGGGACCACGUGAUUCAGAUGAUUACGCUUAUCUGUACAAAGGCAGGGGCCUUGAGCUUAAGCAAGAACAUUUUGCUAGAGGUAAUGAAGAAGACGAAAGACGCUUUGAACCAAAUAGGAGUUAUGAACGGGAUUUUCGUGAAGAUCCUCAAAGAUACCCGCCUCCAAUGACAGGGAGGCCUGGCAGCCUCGAAUUGAGAGAAAGAGACAGGUUAGCUCCUCGAGACUUCAACAGGGACCCUUAUGUAGACAGAAGACCUCGGGAAUUUACAACAGCUGGUGGUAAAUAUGUUGAAAGGGAUUCUUUUGGUAGUGAACAUGAAUUUGAUAAUCGAGUGAUUCAUGAACGACAACGUUCUGGUGGAGACAGAGAAUUGGAUCGAUUUUCUGGCGGAAUGUCGUCAAGGAACGAGUUUCCGGACAGACGCCCCGGAAUGUCCCCAAGAAAUGAAUACCCGGACAGACCUAAUCUUCCACCAAGGGGAGAUUACAAUGGUCAGCGCGACAGAGGACCGGGCAGUUUUACAGGUAGAUACCCGGACACUUCUCCAGAUCAGCGUCGCGGACCGCCGCCGUGGCAGGGAAGGGGACCGGGAGAAGAACCUCGGAACUAUAGAGGCGAUGAAUAUUCUAGACCGUUCAGAGGGGAUAUGCCCCCACGAUCGCCCCCAUUAAGUUCGCGUGGUCGGAUAUCACCGAGGUCGCCCAGGUCACAUUCUCCGCCACGAGGUCAUUCUUCUCCCCGCGCACAAUCACCAGAAGGGGACGAUCAGGUAUAUUCGGCAUCGAACCUUGAAAGUCGAAUGGAAGAAGUGCAAGGUGGAAAACCAGUGGCAAAAGUACCACCAAAUCGCCACGCUGGUGUACGUGUGUUACCAAGUUUGCCCAUUCCUGGUGCUAAAAACAUUCUAAAACCCGUGUCCCCACGUACCUCUGACGUACCGGCCAAAGCUGAAGAAAGACCCCCGUCAUAUAACUUUAAUACUAAAGCUGAUAGCGACGAAGAAAAUCCAUACGACAACGCGCCGGACAAUAGACAUUUACAAAGGCAAAAUAGGCCUAAAUCUGAAAAUAGUCCUCUGGUACAUAAAAGAACGGACUAUAUCCAUGCUUCAAGAGUUAAAAGUGAUGAUUAUGGUAACGGUUACGGUGAUAAUGUAGGUUAUAGUAACAAACAGCAAAAUAAACAAUGGUCUUAUGAAGACGAAAAAGAGAAGUUUUUAAAAACUAGGGAUGUUGGUGGUGGAUGGAGCAGUGCAAACAAAUCUAAAUCCGCGCACGAGGGAUUUAGUGGUCCUGGACCGAAUGACCGGGGUGGGAGACAUAUGAAAGAUAUGGAAAUUGAAGACAUGUUUUCUAAUAUGAGAACUUCUAAUCCAGGCCGAAAUGAUUUAGAUUUUGAGAGAUCUUUGGGGUAUUUGCCAUAAAGUUGUGAAAACAAAUAUUUAAACAGUGAUCCGUAUUUAAAUGAUAUCCACGAAUGUGCAGUCAUGAACUUUGUGUAUAAUGUUAGAUAUUUUUUUUUUGUGUCACUACGCAGUAGUGUGUUUAUGAAAACUGAGAAUGCUGUAUACAAAAAUAAGGGAUGGAUUAUUCUAGAAAUGUCCACAUUUUUGUCGAGUGACCUUCAUCCGCAAGACUUUGUUAUUGAUAUGUUUUUCUUUGGAAGAAAAAAAUCACCAAGGCUUUUGCUAUCAGUUUAUAGCAUUUGCACAUUUUAAGCUAUUUUGUUAAUAUGAGCCGCAUCAUGAGAAAACCAACAUAGUGGCUUUGCGACCAGCAAGGAUCCAGACCAGCCUGCGCAUCCGCGCAGUCUGGUCAGGAUCCAUGCUGUUCGCUAACAGUUUAUCCAAUUCCAAUAGGCUCUGAAAGCGAACAGCAUGGAUCCUGACCAGACUGCGCGGAUGCGCAGGCUGGUCUGGAUCCAUGCUGGUCGCAAAGCCACUAUGUUGGUUUUCUCAUGAUGCAGCUCAUAUGAUAUUUCAUAGGCGCAGUAACUCAGUUGUGUUCGUUGCUAAACUUACUAGUAUGCAGAAUAUAUUUAGUUAUAUUCAGACGUGUUAAUGUGCGAACCUGAUACAUUAAGCUGAAACUCUAAACUUUCCAAAUACAUUGUAUGUAACUUUAGUAUGAUAAAGUUUGUAACCAUAUAAAAAUAUUCAGGACGUCUUUUCAAUAUCUGCUCUUAUUUCAUAUGUUAAUGACAAUAUUUGAAUAGACACUUUUAAAAAGUUUGUAUUAACUGCGUCGCGAAUCUCUACAUCUUGAACGCUUCAGUUAUUCUUUCACGAUUUAAAGCGACUGGUUUACAUUGUUGGUGUAAAAGGAAGUCUUCUCAAAGUUUUGAAAAACUGUAUUUUAUAAAAUGUUAAACAUUUAUGACAUACUACUUGAUGCAAAUGUGAAAUACCAACAACAGAGUUCUGAAAGGCACAUAAGGACAUUUUGAAAUGAAGUCAGCAUCCUGCACGUGUUUUUCGUAAUAUCAGAUGUGAAAGUAUUGAUAUUUUUUUUCACUCUAACAAUUGACACGAUAAGAUUUAAACCAACUUACCUAUGAUUAACAGGUUUACAAAAUACGAUUUCUGUUAAAUAUUUUGAAAUACAAAAUGUAUCUAUGUAAGUUGAACAAAAACAUUAAUAGAUAUUUAUAGAUAGUUUUGGUACGAAAUAUUCUAGAUCACCCCUGACUAAAACCUGAACUGUAUUUUUAAGAGAACUUAAGAAUAUCAACGUUGGGAUUUAUUUCCUAUACUUGCUGACCAUUCCGGAAGUUUUAAAGUUUGUCUAUCACGUUUUAAAUCUUCACUCACACCAUAAUAAUUAUCUAUUACAUCUGUGUGACUGGAUUGCAGUUUAUAUAUAAUAUUUUUGGAACGCUAAAAAUAAGAUAAUCGGGAAUAUCCCAAUCUUUGAAUCUUCCAAAUCAGGUCGACUGUACUUUAUUACAUGUUCCAAAAAAUAAAGAAAAUAAUUAAAUCUUUGAAAGACUGCCAGUUAAGGUUCGUUUUAGUACAUUUUAAGUAUAUUGAAGACUUUAUCUUUUAUACCUUGAAUUUUGAAGUACAUGCUUUCUCUAUACAUACUGAAUUUUGUUGUACAGAAGUGAACACUUGCUUGGAUAUUAUUCCGUAUCUAAACUGAUAUGUAUUUUGGUAUUUAUUUAUGAAGUGAAGGUCGACUAACUUUUUCACAAUCUUCCAGAGGGAGAGACCCCCUGAUCGCCCUAUUAGAAGGAAGAUAUCCCCUCCUAUACCUCAAAAUUUAGACCUAAAAAUGCACCAGAGGCCGCCAUUUCACACCUAUAUUUAAAAAAAUUCCAGAGGGAGACCCCUCCCCUAACACAAGGGGGUUCCCCUCCUGUACUUAACCCCGCUCGGCGUUAUGCGCAUCGCCAAUGACGCCAUCGUUCUAAACUUGUGUUCCCCACCCCACAUCAAUUAUUUCUGGAUCCGGGCCUGUUACUAGUAUUUUAUUUUAGUAUAUAUUAAUCAGAUGUUGCUCGCAAGCUGGUCUUCUAUUGUUUGUGAAUAUAUUUUUUUGUAACAUACA